CAUAUGCGAAGCAAAAGGAAAGAGCCGAUAGAUCGCCCGGAGACACAAACUGAAUAAAUAUCACUUUUACAACGAAAAAAAAAUACUAAUUUAAUUUGAUUUAUACAUGAUACCCACGCUCAUUAUCACCCGGGUACCUUAAUGGUAGAUUUAGCGUGCGUUUUGUGUGUGUUUGUUUUGUUUAGCUAGCUGUUAUCGCGUCGCUAUCUGACUGCUCUCCAAACACACCGCCUUUGUGGCGAUGAGUACGGAUUUAUUGUCUGAUUUGGACACUCGUUUCUUCGCUGAUAACCUCCUGACAAGCGAAGACUGGGGUGAGUGCCUGUACCAGUGUGAGAGCAUGGAGGAGGGGGAGGACGCUGACUUCAGCCGGGGGUUGAAAUACGAACCGUCGUUUGACAAUGACCUCGUGCUCACCCUCGAUCCUGACAACCCCACAUCGCCAUGGCGACACCUUGACGACAACCUUCUCACAGGAGAAGCUCCUGUGAUUAAAAAUGAAAUGACCAUCACUCAGCCGCUACCAGUGGAAAUGCUGUUCCAGGUGAAAGCAGAGCCUCCGUCUCCUGCAUCCUCACUCGGGUCAGACUGCUCUGCAUCAUCACCAGGACCCACAGGUAUCACAGUUAAAGGUGAAAACCCUCCGACUCCCCCGUACAUGUACGGAGACGUGCUCUCUCCUCCGCUGGGGACCAUGGAAGUCACCGUGGCAACGACAGCCAUACCCCCCCCACAGACACCGCAACAGGCGCCGUUAACAACACAACUCCCAGCAGUCAUCAGUGGAAUACAGACGCAGGCUGCAGUUCUGCCGGGUUCGGCCACUUUAAAGGCCAGCACCAUCCUGAGCACCAAACCUCCCAUCCAGCCCAGACCAGUGUGUGUCACCACCCUCCCCGUCCCCCAGACCCCCACACCAGCCAAGACCCUCAUCCUGCAGGGCCUCCCCUCCAUGGACCAGAACAGACCCGUCGUCCUGUCUCAGUCUGUCUGCCUCGGUUCGGCUCCGGCCAUCGUCAAAAUGGAGCCAGUUUCUCCCAGCAUCCCCCAGCACGGAUCCAGCCCCACAGCUCCGCCCACCAGCAAACCCAUCGUCCCAGCAACGACGACGUUACCUGGCAACAACUCCAACGACAUCGAUAUGAAGGUGUUGAAGCGGCAGCAGAGGAUGAUAAAGAACCGGGAGUCUGCGUGCCAGUCGAGGAAGAAGAAGAAGGAGUACCUGCAGAACCUGGAGGCUCAGCUCAGGGAGGCGCAGCAGGAGAACGAGCGCCUCCGCAGGGAGAACCAGGCGCUGAGAGAGAGACUGGCCGGGAAAGAGGGCAGCGACUCGGCGAACAACAAGAGAGCCGUGUGUGUCAUGGCCAUCCUGCUGUUCAUGACAUUCAGCUUCGGACCCGUCAGCAUCACAGACAGGAAGCUGUCGGGCCUGCAGGACAGCGUGGUGUCGUAUACGGGACGGCGGCUGCUGGAGAUCGAACAACAACAUCAGCAGCAGCAGCAGCGGGCGGCGGCGGCUCCACCUCCGAGCAGAGUGGAGGACAAAACGGAGACGGAGGAGGACGCAGGAGACGAGGCUGCAGAGUCCUUUCAGUUCAGGAACCUGAGCGAUGUGUUCAGUGACAUGAAGGAUCUGGUGCUGCAGGACAUCGAUCGUUACUUCAGCUCGUCAGACUGCAGACAGUUCAACCGCUCCGAGUCUCUCAGGCUGGCAGACGAGCUGAGAGGUUGGGUCCAUCGACACCAAAUCGACAGGAAGAAGUCUGGAGGAAAAUCAAAACCUGCCAAAAAGGCCAAAAUAGCUCAGAAAGCUCAGCUGAGGAAGACAAACUUCUCCAGAUAUCUGCCGAUUCAGGCUCACCGCUCUAUAGAAAGUCAGCUGCAGGUGCUUCCUGGUCCUGAGGUCACCUACAGCGACUUCCUGGACGCCAUCGACCGCAGAGAGGACACUUUCUACGUCGUCUCUUUCAGACGGGAUCACCUGUUGUUACCGGCCAUCAGCCACAACAAAACCAGCAGACCUAAGAUGUCUCUGGUGAUGCCGGCCAUGUCUGUGAACGAGAGUCUCUAUAACUCCUCUCAGGGUUACGAGAUGAUGAUGCAGGUGGACUGUGAGGUCAUGGACACCCGCAUCGUCCCCAUCAAGUCCUCCGCCGUCCCGCCUUCUCUCCGCGACCCGCCUCCGCCUCCCCCUCCUCCUCCCACCACAACCACCAUCACCACGGCAACCACACCUCGCUACGAGGGCGCCACCACCAUCACCCCUCUUCCUCCUCGUCCUCUUCGUCGUCUUCGUCAGCAUCACCAUCACCUAGGCAACCUUUACCCGCCCAGCGACAGGGAGCCAAAUAUCUGAUCAGCCAGUCGGAAGGUGUCUGAUGAGGCGUCGAUGGGAAAACGGAGAUUAUUUUGAUGUUUGGGAAAAAAUAUCCUCAUCAUCCCUCCGACAGGUAACAAACACACGUCUCCUCUUCUGGAAAUGUUUUCUGGAAAUUUGAGAAAAGCUUCACAAAACGCCUAAAAAAAAGGAUUUUAAUCAGUAAUUUGAGCUGUUAUUUUUUGAAAACAGAGCUGUUACUGUCACUAAAAUCCAUUUUCUGCUUCAGAUUUUGGGUGUAAAAGCCUCUUUAGAAGAUGUUGUCCUGAUAUUUAAGAAUGCAUUUCUGAAAACGAGAAGCCGGAUGCAGACCGGCAGCACACCGCACUUAGAAAUGAUUUUAAUAUUUAAUUGUGAGAGUCUGAGUGAAGCGUGGAGGACAGGAGGCGGUUUGAUGUGGCUGCUGAAGUGAUUUUACAUCAUUUGGAGGACGUUUUGUUUCGCUCUCUGGUCGUCCCAGCGUGUUGUAUCCGGUUUGGGCGACAGGUGGCGCUGCAGGGCUGCACAGUUACACCCAACAAGGAGCAUUUCAACAAAUGCAAAUCGAAUUCAUUGAGAGUGAAAUCUUUUGAUCAGCAAUAAAUCAGCUUUUUUAAACUGUGCAGCUCCAGCGGGAUGAACUCAAAUUUCCUCGACGCUGCAGACGGUCCGGCUCUCGGCAGCGUUUUCUUUUUGUGGAGUUUGUAUAUUUGUGUUGUUGAGACUCUGAAUAUCAGAGUCACUGACGGCUGCUGCAUGAAGCUGGAUCUUAACGGGUUAAUUAAUCAGAGCAGCUGUUUCUUUUGGAAUACUUUCCAUCACUUACUACACACUUAUUGGUUUAUGUGAACAUACAAAAACAAAAAAGAAAAAAAGCUUAAUGGACAUGAAGACCUUUCAAUCGUGUAAAAAUAAA